AUGAGGCACAACACCGUGGUGAGCGACGCCGCUCCUGACGUUCCGCUAACAAUUCUGAUCCACACUGCCCCGGUUCUCAAAGGCCAGCUCAUCGUCAACACUCAGAACCCCAUUCGCCGUGUUGCAGUGUCUUACGGCGAGGUGGUCGACGGCUUGAAGAUCUGGUACCAGCUCAGGCGCCCCGGCACCGAACUCGUGGCCGUGGAGCACGGCAGCCAGUUCAGUGGCGCUACUGUUGUUGAGCUGCAACCCAGUGAAAUCCUGCUCGCCGUCUUCGGCCGCGCCGGCUACCAGAACUCUUACAAGCGCAAGAUGGUCAACAGCAUCGGCUUUGUCAUUUUCGACCAGAGUUCCCUCGCCGUCCGCGUUGAAGGUGUAAGUGCUGCAGUCACGUUGUUUACCACGGCUUAUGCAUGCAUCCUGCACAGCCUUUCGGUAAGUAACAGCAACAAGUCCAACAAUGGGGAGCCUUUCCACGUCGCCAACGUGAUGGCAUUCGGAGGCUACGCCAAGCCGACCACUCAGUACGGCCUCGCCGGCUUGUCCUUCUACAAGGACCUCACGUCUGAGUGA